GUGGCAAUCACACGCUGAUUUUUCUCAACCAACCAUAAAGACAUCGGCACCCUNUAUCUAGUAUUCGGUGCAUGAGCUGGAAUAGUUGGCACGGCCUUAAGCUUGCUCAUCCGAGCUGAACUAAGCCAACCAGGUGCCCUUCUUGGGGACGACCAGAUCUACAAUGUAAUCGUUACGGCCCAUGCCUUCGUAAUGAUUUUCUUUAUAGUAAUACCAAUUAUGAUUGGAGGAUUUGGAAACUGACUUAUUCCUCUAAUGAUCGGAGCCCCCGACAUGGCAUUCCCACGAAUGAACAACAUGAGCUUCUGACUCCUUCCCCCCUCUUUCCUUCUGCUCCUAGCUUCUUCAGGAGUUGAGGCUGGAGCCGGAACCGGUUGAACAGUCUANCCUCCCCUUGCCGGCAACCUNGCCCACGCAGGGGCAUCAGUUGACCUAACUAUUUUCUCACUUCACUUAGCAGGGGUUUCCUCAAUUCUUGGGGCAAUUAACUUCAUCACAACAAUUAUCAAUAUGAAACCUGCAGCUAUUUCUCAGUAUCAAACACCACUGUUUGUAUGNGCUGUACUAAUUACAGCUGUUCUUCUCCUACUUUCCCUUCCAGUCCUUGCCGCUGGUAUUACAAUGCUCCUUACAGACCGAAACCUAAAUACAACCUUCUUCGACCCUGCAGGAGGGGGAGACCCAAUCCUUUACCAACACCUAUUCUGAUUCUUUGGNCAUCCAGAAGUCUACAUUCUUAUUCUUCCNGGAUUCGGAAUGAUCUCCCACAUUGUUGCCUACUACUCAGGUAAAAAAGAACCUUUCGGCUACAUGGGUAUGGUAUGAGCCAUGAUGGCCAUCGGCCUACUAGGGUUCAUCGUAUGAGCCCANCACAUGUUCACNGUAGGAAUGGACGUAGACACACGGGCAUACUUUACAUCCGCAACUAUGAUUAUCGCAAUUCCAACUGGUGUAAAAGUAUUUAGCUGACUUGCAACCCUUCACGGAGGAGCUGUUAAGUGAGAAACCCCUCUGCUAUGAGCCAUUGGCUUUAUUUUCCUCUUUACAGUNGGAGGGCUAACAGGUAUNGUCCUNGCCAAUUCAUCUCUAGACAUCGUUCUACACGACACCUACUACGUAGUAGCCCACUUCCACUACGUACUAUCUAUGGGAGCUGUAUUCGCCAUUGUUGCCGCCUUCGUACACUGAUUCCCACUAUUNACAGGAUACACCCUUCACAGCACAUGAACUAAAAUCCACUUCGGAGUAAUGUUNGUAGGUGUCAANCUUACAUUCUUCCCACAGCACUUCCUAGGACUAGCAGGAAUGCCUCGACGGUAUUCAGACUACCCAGACGCCUACACCCUUUGAAACACAAUUUCCUCUAUUGGAUCCCUUAUCUCCCUAGUAGCAGUAAUUAUGUUCCUAUUUAUUAUUUGAGAAGCUUUCGCUGCCAAACGUGAAGUAAUGUCAGUAGAACUAACUUCAACUAACGUUGAAUGACUACACGGCUGCCCUCCGCCAUACCACACAUUCGAAGAGCCUGCAUUCGUUCUAGUCCAAUCAGACUAA